AUGUCAACGGCCAAGGUCAAGCACAUUGUGCUCGUCCUUUCGGGUAAAGGAGGGGUGGGCAAGUCAUCCGUAACUACGCAGCUCGCUCUCUGCCUCUCCCUUGCGGGCCACUCAGUCGGCAUCCUAGAUGCCGAUCUCACAGGCCCCAACAUCCCUCGCAUGCUUGCCAUCGAGGAUGCCAAGGUACGCCAGGCCCCGGGCGGUUGGCUGCCCGUGCCCGUGCACGACGCGGACCCGGCGACGGGCAAGGCGUCCCUCCGAGCCAUGAGCCUAGGUUUCAUGCUGCGGGACAGAGGCGACGCUGUAGUAUGGCGCGGACCCAAGAAGACGGCGAUGAUUCGGCAGUUCCUGUCCGACGUCAUUGACGAGCACAUCUCGCUCGCCGAAACGCUCGCCAAAAAUGCUCUGCCGGGCCAGGUCGCCGGCGCCGUCGUGGUAACGACGCCGCAGGCCAUGUCGACGCAGGACGUGAGGAAGGAGCUCAACUUUUGCGCGGCGACGGGGAUCCCUGUGCUGGGAGUCGUGGAGAACAUGAGCGGCUUCGUGUGCGAGAACUGCGCAGACUGCACGGAUCUGUUUGGCUCCGGAGCUCCCGCCACAGUCGCGCACACGCACACGCACACAUACACGGAGCAGAUGAAUCUCUAUUAUGUAGCUCAGUACAAGUACAAGAUACAGAGUGGAAAAGUGGAAGGCGCCAGCCAACUCCUCAACGGCCCGGAAGGCCCCGAUAACACCCUUUGCGCCCACAAGUUUCCUCAUUCCAAGCGUACCUCCGCCGAAGAAGUGCAGCACUCGCAGCUCGACCCGUUUCAAGAGCUUUUCGAGUUUUCUCCCAGAUAG